AUGGGUUCUAUUGAUAUUUCUUCCCUCGGAAGUGCUCCGUCCAAUGGACCUGAGGCAACCAAUGAUCCCAUUGUGAUUGUCGGAAUGGCCUGCCGUCUCCCCGGCGGUGUCUCCUCCCCCAAUGACUUCUGGGAGAUGCUCAUCAACGAGCGAACCGGGCAAUGCAAUGUUCCAAAGACUCGUUUUAACGCAGACGGAUUUUUCCACCCGGAAGGUGACCGUGCCGGUGUGAUGAACACCAAAGGUGGCUAUUUCCUGCAGGAAGAUGUGCGCCAAUUUGAAAACUCCUUCUUUGGGAUCAACAAUCUCGAAGCCACUUACAUGGAUCCCCAGCAGCGUAAACUGCUCGAGGUAGUUUAUGAAUGCUUUGAAAGUGCCGGCGUGUCUCUGAAGCAGGCUGCCGGUGCAGACAUUGGUGUCUAUGUCGGCAAUUUCACCGUGGAUUUCCAGACAAUGCAGGCCAGAGAUCCAGAGUCGCUGCACCGAUACAGUGCGACUGGAUCUGGUACUGCGAUUCUUUCCAACCGUCUGAGUUAUAUCUUUGAUCUUCGCGGUCCCAGUUUCACCCUCGAUACGGCUUGUUCGUCAUCAAUCUAUUGUCUUCACAAUGCCGUCAAUGCUAUCAAGGCUGGAGAAUGUGAAGGCGCCGUUGUGGCUGGUGCCAAUCUGAUCAUGGGGCCUGAGCAGCAUCUCGGAACCAUGAAAGGAGGCGUUCUCUCCCCAACCUCAACCUGCCACACGUUCGAUGCUAGUGCAGAUGGGUAUGGUCGUGCUGAGGGAGUGAGCGCUUUGUAUAUCAAGCGUUUGUCUGCUGCUCUGCGGGAUGGCGACCCUAUCCGCGCGGUGAUCCGGGGAAGCGCCGUGAAUGCAAACGGCAAAACUUCCGGCAUCACUCAACCCAGUAUCUCGGGACAGGCAGAAGUCAUUCGCAAAGCAUAUCGCGUGGCUGGACUGCAUGCGGAAGACACCGACUACGUCGAAUGUCAUGGUACUGGCACUGCUGUCGGUGAUCCCAUGGAGGUUGAAGGUCUGAGUCGGGUUUUCAAGCGGAAGGGAAGAUCGCCUUUGCUAAUUGGAGCGAACAAAACAAAUGUCGGACACAGCGAAGCAGCCAGUGGCAUCACGGCUGUGAUCAAGGCAAUUCUCUCCUUUGAGCAUCAAGCUAUCCCUGCUACCGUUGGCGUGACCAAGUUGAACCCCAAGCUCAAAUUGGAUGAAUGGAACAUGAAGAUUGUGACCAAACUUAGCGAAUGGCCAUCGGCCAUGCGUCGUGUCAGUAUCAAUUCGUUUGGUUAUGGCGGCGCAAAUGCCCAUGCAAUUCUGGAAGAUCCGUGUCAAUAUCUGUCCUCGAUUAACAAAGUUCCCAAGGAAAUCACUCACAAUCGACCCGCGGAUAAGACAUAUCUUCUCCCCCUGUCUGCCUCUACCGUUGAAGGACUGGAGUCCCGGGUGACCGACUUGGGAAGCAGCAUCCGCAAUGGUGCACACUACGAUUUUGUUGACCUGGUCCAUACACUGGCAAACCGUCGGUCACAACUUCCUCAGCGAGGCUAUAUCCUCGCCAAUCAAACAACAGCGACAAACGAUCUCGUGGUUGACAACUUGGUGACCCAAACCCUUCCUGCCUUGGGCCUCGCCUUCCUUUUCACUGGCCAGGGUGCCCAGUGGGCCGAGAUGGGUAGGGAGUUGUUUGACCAGAGUCCGAUCUACCGGGACACCAUUGACCACCUCGAUAAUGUGCUGCAAAAUCUGCCCGAGCCCCCAAGUUGGUCGAUCAAAUCUGUGCUGCUGGAACCAGCUACCCACAGCCGCGUUGGAGAUGCGAGAUUCUCCCAGCCUCUGUGCACUGCAGUGCAAAUCGGACUUGUCAACUUGCUUAGCAGCUGGGGCGUCGCCCCUCAGAUGGUGGCCGGUCAUUCAUCGGGUGAAAUUGCUGCUGCAUAUGCCGCUGGAUUGUUGAGUGAAGCGCAGGCCAUCAUGAUCGCGUAUUAUCGGGGACAUGUUGUCGGCCAGCUCCAAUCCCAAGGAGCCAUGAUGGCACUUGGCGGCAGCGCAGACGAGGCACGACAGUUGAUUGCGGACCUCUCACUCCAGAACGAACUCGUUGUUGCAUGUGUCAACUCUCCUGAGAGUAUGACAAUCUCCGGCAGCGUCUCCGGUGUGGAAUCACUCUUACAGACAGCUUCCCAGGCCGGAAAGUUCGCCCGGAAACUGCAGACAGGCGGCAAAGCCUAUCACUCCUAUAUGAUGGCGGAGAUCGGUGAGGAGUACGAGCGACUGAUUCAGCAGGCAUGGCCAACUCUUCCCGCCAAUCCCAUCGACAGAGAUACACAGUUCUUCUCGAGUGUGGGUGUUGACGGGCCCAAUUGGUACAGUCGCAAGACCACCUCAGCGUUGCCCCUCAGCUAUUGGCGUCAGAAUCUAGAGAAUUCAGUCCAGUUUUCGGCGGCCGUCACCAGAAUUCUGGAGAACGGCAAAUGCCAUCUUAUCGAGAUUGGACCUCAUUCUGCCCUGCAGUUGCCUAUCAAACAGAUCCGUACAUUCUUCAAAUACUCCAUGGAUGAUACGCCGUACAGCUCUACCCUGGUCCGCGGGAAAGACGCCGAUAUCUGCAUGAAGACUCUUGCGGGGGAGCUGUAUCUCCGUGGACAGGAGAUCAAUGUCUUGGCGGUCAAUGGCACGGCUUCUGCCACCGCCAAGGUCAUUCCCGAUCUGCCCCCAUAUCACUGGAGCUACAGCCAGCUGCUUUGGAGAGAAUCCAGACUCAGCAGCGACCUUCGCAGUCGCAGCUGUCCUCGCCAUGAGCUUCUCGGGUCUGAAAUGGCCGCCGGCAACGGUAUUGACCGGGUCUGGAAGAACAUUGUGCGACUGAACGAGGUGCCUUGGUUGAAUGAUCACAAGCUGGAGAGCCAGGUUGUCUUUCCAGCUGCUGGAUACAUUUCAAUGGCGAUUGAGGCUAUUUCCCAAAUCAAAAGCCUAUCCGCAACGGACUCAUCUUUUGUCUUGCGUAAUGUCAACAUUGCCUCGGCAUUAAUUGUGCACGCAGAUGAACAGGAACAGGCUGAGAUGUACACUACCGUCUCCCCCGCUCGGAUUUCCAAGGCCGCCACCUCCGGCACCUGGUAUGACUUCUCCGUAUCCUCGUGGCAGGACGGAGGUGCUGUCUCGCACUGCACAGGUCGCAUCAGACUCGAUCAAAAGGCCUUGCCAGCCAUUACUGUCGAUACCACUCAGUAUGAGCAAUGGUCGAUGGGUCCAUGGUAUGCUAAGCUGGCUCAGGAAGGACUUGUGUUUGGUCCUACGUUCCAAUCUCUGACGUCUAUGAAGACGGACAAGAAGAGAGUCAAUCAAGCUGCAGUCUCCGAGACGGUCAUCACGCAACGAGUUGCUCGAUCGUCGUACGAAGGAGAUUACUAUACCGUGCAUCCAUUGACUAUCGAUGCCUGUUUGCAGGCCGCCAUCAUGGGUGGCACGGCCGGUAAUCUCAAUCGACUUCGCGCCCAUCUGCCCGUGUUCCUUGACCUGUGUGAGGUCAAUACCCCCACGGCAGAGAGCGUAAAUGCAUCCGGGUCUAUUCAUACUCUGUCCCAGAGCACCGGGUUUGGCACCAAGUCGAUCGAUGCGUCAUUACACGAUAGCUCUGGCUCUGGCGUGAUCAACAUGCGCGGUGUCCGCCUCUCUCUCUACACUGGCAAGGCUGAGCAGGAAGACUCCGACACAGGCCGUCAUCCAUGCUUGCGAGUUGUGUGGAAGCCAGACCUGGCCAGACUGACAGCAGGCGAUCUACCAAAUCUCCAAGUCGUCAUCAGAGAGUUCCUCCUAAAUCACCCCGAUUUGGCUGACAGUGGCAAGGUCGGCGUUGUUUCUGCCUUGUUGGAUCUGGCUGCGCACAAGAAUCCUCGACUGCGCGUAUUGGAGCUUGGCAAGGGAUGCGACUGCAAGACGCAGGCGUGGCAGGAACUACUGGAUGAGAAGACGGAUUUCCCUCGUAUCCGAGAAUGGAAGACCACAGAGAGUGAGGAUACUGAUGGGAAAUACGAUGUCGUUUUGCUUCCUCAUGGUGUAGACACCAAGCCAUUGAGAAAGAUGGACCAGUUGCUGAGUCUGCUUGAGGUCAACGGCAUCAUCGUUGCCCGAACGGAGAGUGUCAUGCCUGUCACUCUGGCUCAGUCUGGAUGCACUGUUUUUAGUUUGCCUUUUGGAAUCACCAUGGCUCUUCCUCCUCAGCCACAGCGCAAAUGGAAUGGCCGUGUGGUAUUGCUUCACGAUCGACCGUCAAAGAUGGCCGAUGCUCUCCGCCAAUUCUUUGUCGCGGAGGGUAUCUCCUCUACUGCCCUGGAGGAAGUGACAGAGGAGAUGAUCUCGCAGUCGACUGUUAUUUCCCUACUGGAGAUGGAAGCGCCCUUCAUCCCAACCAUGACACCGGAGGACAUGAAGCGUUUCAAGAUUGUCACGGACAAUGCUGCUGAACUCAUUUGGUUGACGGGCGCCUCUACCAUUACCGGCGACGCUCCAGACCUCUCUCUGGCCAGCGGUCUCUCAAGAGCCCUGAUGUUAGAACAACCAGCUCUGCGCUUUGUCACCUUGGAUGUGGGCAAAAGCCCUGGCCGUGUCAGCCGCGAUACUAUCUGCACCAAGAUUCAGCAUAUACUAACAGUCGAGGAUGAGGCCGAUGAUAAGGAGUUUGUCUUGCACGAUGGCCUGCUCCACGUAAGCCGAUUCUUGCCUGACACCACCCUCAACAAGCUUUUCAGCAAACGCCAGGUCGACGAGAUCGACACCAUGACUCUGGCCGAAGCCUCACCUGCUCAGCUGGCUAUUAAGCGCGUUGGCAUCACCGACUCGAUCUAUUUCCAACGUCUGGCUAAUCCUCCCACCGCUAUUCCGUCUGGUCAGGUCGAAAUCGAAGUCAAGGCCGUCAGUCUCAAUGCCAAAGACAUUUACACACUGUCUGGCAAGAUCGAAACCCGCAAAGGCACGGCUGCCAUCGAGUUCAGUGGAAUCGUCCGUGCUGUCGCUUCGGACGUCUCGCAUCUCGUUGUCGGCGAUCGCGUCGUUGUCUUGGCGCCAAACAGCUUCAGCACAAUCGAGAGAGUGCCCGCCUGGGCGUGUCUGAAGAUGCUCCCGCAUGAGAGCUUUGAAGUGAUGCCCACCCUGCCAGUUAUCUAUGGAACUGCGCUGUAUGCCCUGGACGAUCGAGCCCAUCUGCGCACCGGCGAAAGCAUCCUCGUUCAUUCCGGAGCCGGUGCCUUUGGAACCGCCACUAUUGCUAUUGCCCUGCAACGGGGAGCAACUGUUUAUGCCACUGUCAGCACGGAGGAGAAGAAAGAUUAUCUGGUCAACGAACUUGGAGUUCCUCGUGAGAAUAUCUUUGCCUCUCGCGAUGAUUCAUUUGUCGCUGGUAUUCUGGCAGCCACCAACGGCCAGGGUGUGGACGUCGUCGUCAAUUCCCUGACAGGUGAUCUGCUCCAUGCCACCUGGCAAUGCUGUGCCAACUUUGGCCGCUUUGUGGAGGUGGGCAAGCGCGACAUUAUCGACGCCGGACAGUUGGAUAUGCGCAUGUUCUUGCGCAACGUCACAUUCACUGCCUUUGAUUUGACGGAACUCUUCUACCAUGAAGAUGAACACUACCGCAACAUCUGGACCACUAAAUUCGCCGAGGCUUUAGAGCUCUACCGAGCUGGCAUUGUCAAGCCAGUUCCCAUUGCCACUUUCGAUGUCAGUGAGAUCGCCCAGGCAUACCGAUUCUUCUCUACGAAGGGCCGAAUUGGCAAGGUCGUCAUCUCGUUGGAGAACCCCUCCAGUGUUAUCAGAGUUGCUCAUGCGCGCCAUCUCACCACCUUCGAUGCAAACAAGUCCUACCUCCUCAUCGGUUGUCUCGGCGGUCUGGGUCGCAGUCUUAGCCGGUGGAUGUUUGACCGCGGCGCUCGUCAUUUCACCUUCCUCGGUCGAUCUGGAUGUGACAAGCCUGCAGCCCGUGAGCUGGUGACUAACCUCGAGGCCUCCGGCGCCACUGUCCAAGUUGUCCGUGGAGAUGUCAUCAAUGCCAACGAGGCCCAGGCCGCAGUGGAUGCUUGCAUUCAACCCAUCGGUGGUGUAGUGCAAGCCGCGAUGGGUCUCAGCGAGGCCCUCUUCUCCACCAUGACGCACAAGGCCUGGCACACGGGUAUCCAGCCCAAGUGGCAAGGAACCUGGAAUCUGCACCAUGCUCUAGAAGCCCGUGACGACAGUGCCCUGGACUUUUUCCUGCUCACCUCUUCUGUCUCUGGCAGCGUGGGUACAGCCACCGAGUCCAACUACUGUUCAGCCAACGGCUUCCUUGACGCUUUCGCAAGAUACCGUCGCAGCCUUGGCAAGCCCAUAGUCUCCAUCGGUCUCGGCAUGAUAUCCGAAGUGGGUUAUCUCCACGAGAACCCCGAGAUCGAGGCACUUCUCCUCCGGAAGGGCAUCCAGCCUUUAACCGAAGCCGAGCUCAUCCAGGUGGUCGACCUCGCACUGGCCUACACCUCUGCCGACGGGCCAGAGUCACUUGCCCCGGGUCUCGAAUACGACCGCCUUUCUGCCUCGCACAUCCUCACAGGACUGGAACCGCACGGAAUCCGCAAACUGCUCGACCGCGGAUUCGACGUCAACAACGGCACGAUGCAAGAUCCUAGAGCUGUUCUCUUGUCCGCAUCGCUCGAUUUGCCAGCUUCUCAGGAUUCGUCUUCUGCCUCACUAUCUGUCACGCCCCUCUCUGCCCUCCCUUGGGCUGCAGGUCUCUCCGCCGGUGUCCUCAAGUCUAUGGUCUCGACCAACAAGGAUGUCGCAUCCGCCUCCACUCUCAAUGAAGCGAUUCUUCUUCUGGUCAGGAAGCGGUUCUCGAACCUGCUGCUUAUGGGAUUGGAUAAGAUUGACUCGGUCAAGCCCAUCACCUCGUACGGAAUGGAUAGUAUGAUUGCCUCAGAGUUCCGAUCAUGGUUUUACACUGUCUUCAAGGUUGAUAUUCCUUUCUUGGAUGUUCUGAACCAAACCUCUACUCUCAAGAGUCUGUCUGAUGCUGUGGAGAGCAAAUUGGCUAUAUAG